AUGCAGUUCAAGAACUUCAUCCUCGCCGCUUCGGCCGCCGCCUCUGCCUCCGCUGCCGCCGCCCAGAGCAGCAACAGCAAGACCUUCGGCCUCGUCGCCAUCCACUCCGGCAGCGCUGUCCAGUACUCGGCCUUCAACGCCGCCCAGAGCAGCCUCUUCGCUGGCCUCAAGUCCCAGAACGCCAGCUGUGACCGCUCCGGGGAGCAGACCGCCACCUUCUACCUCGAUGAUGGUGCCCUGUACCUCUAUGCCGCUUCCGCCACUCCCCAGGAGGUCUACGUCGACCGCUCCGGCAUGGGCCAGGGUAAGAUCGGCUACACCACCGGUGCUCAGCCCGCCCCCCGCAACGCCGAGCGCACCGGCUGGGCCAUCAACGACGGCCACCUCCAGUUCGCCGGCAACGACCUGAUUGCCUGCCCCAACAGCAUCGACGGUGCCUGGAGCAUCUGGGCCUCUGCCGGCGUUGCCAACCCUGCCGGCAACGAGAACUGCGUCGGCAUCGCUGCUCGUGUCGAGGAGACUUCCAACCCUAACAGCUGUGUUUACACCCAGUAG